AACUCUUUAUCAUUAAUCUCCAAAAUUAAUAUUUUAUAAUUAAACUAUUUCUUGUCUUGAUAUUAUACAAUGAAUUUUAAUAACUAUUAUAUUUAUUUUCAAUUUAAUUUUUAUAAAUAUUAAACAUCCACUUGCUAUAGGAUUAAUUUUAUUAAUUCAAACUACUUUAGUUUCAUUAUCUUCUGGAUUAAUAUCUAAAAGAUUUUGAUUUUCAUAUAUUUUAUUCUUAGUAUUUUUAGGAGGAAUAUUAGUUUUAUUUAUUUAUGUAACCUCUUUAGCUUCAAAUGAAAUAUUUUCUUUUUCAAUUAAAUUAAUAUUAACUUCAAUAAUAAUUUUUUUUAUUAUAAUAUUUAUUUUAUAUCUUUCUGACAAAAAUAUUCUAAUACAAUAUUUUAAUAUAGAAGUUAACUCAAUUACAAAUUUAAACUCCUUUAUUAUAGAAAAUUCUUUAUCCCUUAAUAAAUUAUAUAAUUAUCCAACUAAUUUAUUAACAAUUUUAUUAAUAAAUUAUUUAUUAAUUACAUUAAUUGCAAUUGUAAAAAUUACUAAUUUAUUUAAGGGACCUUUACGACCAAUAUUUAAUUAAACUAAUGAAUAAACCUUUACGACUUAAACACCCAAUUUUAAGAAUUGCAAAUAAUGCUUUAGUAGACCUUCCAGCUCCUAGAAAUAUCUCUUCAUGAUGAAAUUUUGGAUCUCUUUUAGGAUUAUGUUUAAUUAUUCAAAUCCUUACAGGAUUAUUUUUAGCCAUACAUUAUACUGCAGAUAUUAAUUUAGCUUUUAAUAGAGUUAAUCAUAUUUGUCGAGACGUAAAUUAUGGAUGAUUAUUACGAACUUUACAUGCUAAUGGUGCAAGUUUUUUCUUUAUUUGUAUUUAUUUACAUGUAGGACGAGGAAUAUAUUAUGGAUCUUAUUUAUUUACUCCAACAUGAUUAGUAGGAGUAGUAAUUCUAUUUUUAGUAAUAGGAACAGCAUUUAUAGGAUAUGUUUUACCUUGAGGACAAAUAUCUUUUUGGGGAGCUACAGUAAUUACUAAUUUAUUAUCAGCAAUUCCUUAUUUAGGAAUUGAUUUAGUACAAUGAGUAUGAGGAGGAUUUGCUGUUGAUAAUGCAACAUUAACUCGAUUCUUUACAUUUCACUUUAUUUUACCAUUUAUUGUAUUAGCAAUAACAAUAAUUCAUCUUUUAUUUUUACAUGAAACUGGAUCAAAUAACCCUAUUGGAUUAAAUUCUAAUAUUGAUAAAAUUCCUUUUCAUCCUUAUUUCACAUAUAAGGAUAUUGUUGGAUUUAUUAUUAUAACAAUAAUUUUAAUCUUAUUAGUUUUAAUUAAUCCUUAUUUAUUAGGAGAUCCAGAUAAUUUUAUUCCUGCUAACCCUUUAGUUACCCCAGUUCAUAUUCAACCAGAAUGAUAUUUUUUAUUUGCUUAUGCAAUCUUACGAUCAAUUCCUAAUAAAUUAGGAGGAGUAAUUGCUUUAGUUUUAUCAAUUGCAAUUUUAGCUAUUCUACCAUUUUAUCAUUUAAGAAAAUUCCGAGGAAUUCAAUUUUACCCAAUUAAUAAAAUUAUAUUUUGAAUUAUAGUAGUUACAGUAAUUUUAUUAACAUGAAUUGGAGCACGACCUGUUGAAACUCCAUAUGUAUUAGUAGGACAAAUUCUUACUAUUAUUUAUUUUUUAUAUUUUAUAAUUAAUCCUUUAAUUACUAAAUGAUGAGAUAAUCUAUUAAAUUA